AUGGAGCACAGCAACGGCGCCAAUGAGUUGUUCCAAUGUGUAAACAUUCGGUGCGGGGGGUUGCACUUCAGCACCACAUUAGAGACGUUGCACCAGCACAGCCCCAGCAAACUUGCAGCCUUAUUUGGUAGUGACUUCCCCCUUUACGAUGUGACCACCGAUGAGCACCUGAUGCCGCUUGAAUAUGGGGUGAGCGGAGAGGCUUUCGGCGCUGUUCUUGAUUUUCUUCGGUGCGGUGAGUGGCAGCCGAUGGCGCCGCAGCCGCGGCUGUACCGUGAAGUUGUUGCAUGUUUGGCCCUGCUGGAGCUGCAGGUUCCACCUCCGGGCCCUCCCCAUCCUGAUGCCACGGAGCCACGGUAUGUCUACAUGGACGUUGUGGUGCCAGUGGAGGCAUCGCGGGCGUGUGUGGACGCAUGUGCGGGUCUGGCAGCGCGUGGAUACCGUGUACGGAAGCAGAUGGUAACACCGCUCUUGCAAGAAGGGGGUAAAGAGGGAGAAGGGCAGCAGCAACAGUCGCGUGGUGUGACGCUGCUUCUGGAACGCCGUCUGCCUUCACCACGGCUCCUGAAGGGCCUGGCUGAUCACUCCGCCUGGGUCAAGGCGCUGACGUCUGUGAUGUGA